AUGGAGGCGGCUCUUGGGCCGUGGGAGGGCUCCGAGCCCAUCUGGAGCGCAGCGCAGCGGGUCGCGAGGGAGACACAGAGGCGGCGGAGCGAGCUCCUGAGCAUGCGCAGCGCCACAGCGGACCCAGGCGGAUCCGCGCCGGGCCCUGACGAGGUGGCGAAGCUGCCCGGCGCCGUGGCGGAGGGCCCUGCGCAGUCCAGCGCCCCGUUCGGUGCCCCUCCCAGCUCGCGCUCCAGGUGCGCGCCGGCCGCCGCGCCUGGCGGCCGCCGGUCCGACGGCCCGGGCACGCCGGGCGCCGCGCCGGCGCUGCGGGGGCUCCCACCGCCGACCCGUGCCGCCCCCGGGGCCCCGAGCGCCACGCCGCGGGCGUCGGCCCCUGCGUGGAGAGCGCCCUCAGCGAUCGGCAGGGUCUGCUGCCGGAGCAGGGGCCAAGCGAGCGCAGCACCAGCGAGGAGCUGA